AUGGCGAAUCUCGAUUCGGGUAAGGCUACAGGGGAGGGGGCAGUUUGCGAUCAUCCAGCGCACAGCGAGGAGUGGCCGUUUAAUCUGUCGCCGGAAUGGUGGGAGAAGUUGGAGAACCAGUUAAAUGGGCUUGACAAGGCUGAGAAAGGCGACGAGGUCGACGUAAAAGUGUAUGGCCCGCCAGAUCGGAAUAGGAAUAAUGCUCGCCUCGUCAUGGACGGAAAAGCGCGCGGCUGUCGUGAGAAUAAGGAGCGGCGAGUUGUGGAGUGCGAAGUCUUUGUCACGGUAUUGGACAUGACAACGACGCCGGCCACUCAGAGGGAAACGUCAACGACAGUCGACAUUGUGCAGCAUGACGG